GAUAUAACCCUUUAAAGUUAUUUACGUUAAAAAAUGGCUUUACAUUUAAUGUCUGAUGCAGAUGAUAAAUUUAUAGAAGACAAUCUUCUGUCCUCUGAGGAUUGGGGUGAUCCUGGUUUCUACAAUAGAAAUCAUAUUCAGGAUUUAUCAGACGAUCUGAAUGAUGCUGAAGAUAUAGCCUUUAAUUCUGGAUUGGAUGAAGAAGAUGCUUUGUCAAGAUCUAGUGAGUUCUUAUCUGGUAUUAGCUUUGCGGGAGGUUUGAGCUCUGGUGAUGUUGAUGUUGUUGAUCUGACUAAAACAUGGCUUGGCUUAACUGAUGAGGAACAUUACACAGAAAAUAAUGGAUUUCCGAUUAAAAGUGAGCCCCUCUCACCCCCACCCUCUUCAGACUCUUCAGAUUCCUCUAGUGAAUCUAGCCAAGCAUCACAGAUUGUACAGACUGGUGACCCAUCCAAUGUCCACAUCAAACUGGAGUCUCCGCCCCUUACACCACCCCGUGAUUCCAGCAUAGAUUCACCAUCACCUCCCGUCGGGGGUCAACAAACUUUCUUCACUAUUGCCAACGGAAACUUGCCAAACAAAGUCACCAAGUCUCUCGCCAGUGGGGUAAUCAAUGGUGCCAAGAAGGGUGUAGCCAUCGCACCCAAGCCUAUCAAUGGGGCCAUGAAGUUACCCCUAGCUCCUAAGCUAGAACCAGUGUCUACAAAAACAUCCAUGCACUCACCUACCAAGCCAACAGUUACUAUUAAACAAAUUCCAGCUGCUGUGAGACCAGCCAUUGUUGUUAAGCACAGUGCUCCAUCACCAACAGGGCGUGGUUCUUCUGCCCCUCCACCAGCCAAACAAGCCAAGAUUAUACCGGUAUCUACUCACACCAACAUUCCAUCUCCUACCACACAACCAGUAGCAGUAGUCACCCAGCCUUGCCCUCCUGAUGUUGAUGUAAAGGCAUGGAAGAGGCAACAAAGAAUGAUCAAAAAUAGAGAAUCUGCAUGUUUAUCAAGAAAGAAGAAAAAGGAGUAUGUACAAGAGUUGGAAUGUAAAGCACAGAGCAUGGAGAAAGAAAUCCAGAGGUUAAGAUCAGAAAAUCUAUCACUUAGAAGUAAGAUGGAAACACUGGUCAAGGAGAAUACAACUCUAAAGAAAAUGCAUUCAUCUGUUUUGUCAUCUCCUGGGAGGACAGCCACUUUUCUAUUAGGAAUAGUUUUAAUUAUUGGAUUCAACCUUUCACCAUUGAGCCUCUUCAAUCAAGAUGGGGGUUUAGCCUCCGAGUAUGGUACGGGUAGCCACGCGGGUCGUGCACUCCUCGGCUUCUCGGAGAUGCCCAACGACUCCAAGCUCCAUGGCAAAUCAAAUCAGUCCAUCCCUAGACAUGCCUCCAUUCGUGACAUCAUGGAAGAUGUCCACCUAUGGGAGAGCAUCGCCAACCAGUCAGCUUCAGACGUUGCCAUAGCAACCAUGAAGGAGAUCCGUUAUCUCCUGCCACAGGGUAACCGGUCUUGCCCGCAUCAGAUGAAUGUUACAGACACCAUCAGGCUGACAGAUGUUCUUCAGUACUGGGCUAAAAAACAAAGCGUGGAGCAGAAGAAAUCUAAGAAAGAGGAAGAAAUACAAAAGAAGAAGAAAAAGAAGAAGCGCCGUCAGCCCCAGCACGGCCGCUUCCGUUCAGGUCCAGCGCUUCAUGUGGAGUCGGAUGAGAGGGCGCUUCAACUGUACGAUCAUUUUUUCCAGAGAACGUAUGAUAACCUGCUGGAGGCCCUCAAUAGGAGGGAUGAUACGUUCUAUGUGGUGUCUUUCAGAAAUGAUCAUUUGCUGUUGCCAGCUACUGCUCAUAACAACACACACAGACCUAAGAUGUCUCUUGUUAUGCCUACAGUCACUGCUAAUGAGUCAAUGUGGAACACUCCCAAGGAUCACAUCUCCAUGAUGCAAAUUGACUGUGAGGUCAUAGACACCAAGGUAGUACACGUCAAGGACCACGCCUCCACCCCUUCUCCAGUCGACGACCAUAACAAGACCGCCUACCACCAGCCCUCCGUCCCUGCCAGCGCUCAGCAUAGCGAUGCGGCCACGAGGCAACCCAUCUCAAGAACCGCACCAAGCUACACAGCUACCGACGGGAUUGGGUACCACCCUAGGAACCUUACAGCAGUCAACACACCAUAGCCAAAUAUAUGAAGUUUUGUAUCCGGAGAGAGUGCAAUCUUGGAGUUUUAAGAAGAGGUACAUGUAUACGAACAAGUAUGUCGCCCAUUCCAGUGGUUUCUUUCAGUUUUUGUUGUACUUCAUGUUUAUUUAUGCGCCACAUCACGUCAUUAAAGACGGAUCAUUCAAACUUUGAAGCUAUGAUAUAUUUACAUAGUUCUUUUUAUGAUGAGACUCCAACACACACACUCACUGUUUUUUUUUUUUCUUUUUCUCAGUUAAAAAUAGGUGAAAGUAAUUAUGAAUUGUGUUUUUUUUUUUAUUAAUAUUCAAGUAUUUUAGAAGUAAAGAGAUUUAAACUUGUUUUGUUAAAUCAACUUUCUGGGUUUAAAUAUCUAGCAUGUAUUAGUACAUGAAUGUGGGAUGAUAAAUGACGAGAGCUUCAUUUUGUAA